GAUAUUUCAUAUUUGGAUGGCUAUAAGCCUACACUCGUCCAAGUACGAGUGAAUCGUGUGGGGCUUGGGAAAGAAGGAACCUACAAUAUGUUCACGCUCUUAUCUUCGGUUGCGAAGCCAGUUUCACUAGGUCCUCUCGUGGUUCGCGUGAACUCCCUCUAUUCUGCGGAAACUAGCACCGUUGGCAACGAUCGCAAUUCGAUGGCGGCGCCUUCUCCUAAGUGGGCUCAGAAGACAGUAACUCUGCCUCCCCAACGGCGAGGCUGUCAUCUUAUCACCUCCAAGGUUUUAAAGGAAAUUGGACCGGACUUGUCGGAAUUUAAAUGCGGGCUUGCUCAUCUCUUCUUGCACCACACAAGUGCUUCGCUCACUAUUAACGAGAAUUACGACUCGGAUGUUCGGGAUGAUACUGAGACAUUUCUCAACAAGAUUGUUCCGGAGGGAAGAUCUGCACCUUGGAAGCAUACACUGGAAGGCCCAGAUGACAUGCCAGCACACAUAAAAUCGUCAAUGUUUGGAUGUGAACUCACGAUUCCCAUCACAAAUGGACAGCUUAACAUGGGAACUUGGCAGGGGAUAUGGCUGUGUGAGCAUCGCGACUCCCCUACUGCACGCAAAGUUGUGGUCACUCUUAAUGGUAUAUGAAGCGUUAAUAUUUCAAACAGUUGUACAAUUUAAAUAUGUAGCUUUAUCAGUAUGAUUGAGAAUUCAAAUAAUUUUUUUUCCCUUUUUACUAAUACUCCAAGGCUAAGAACCCAGUCUGAGAACAUAUUAUGUGAUCAAUUAAAUUGGCUUAGUACCUACUGUUAAAGUUCUGUGCAAUGUAGAACUGGCAUUGAUGCAAAAAAGCAAUAUUAACUUUUCUGUGA